AUGAUAAGGAAAUUAUCGGAUAAUGAAAAACUUAAUCCUACGGUGGUAAUUGAGUUAGAAUCGAGACUUUUGAGGCAAGAGACUCUGUUGGAUGAAUUUAAUGAAUGUCAGGCAGCCAUAGAAACGGUAGAUGACUCGGAAGAAAACCGAAAUGAGGGCAAUAACCAGCCAAUACUUCAGAAAACUAGUCUAGGAUGGGUAAUAUCAGGUACAGUGAUGUCCAAAAAUAACUUGAACAUUCCAAAUUCCACCUUCUGUAAUUUAAGUACAAAUGUAGACGUUCAACAGCAGUUACAAAAAUUCUGGGAGAUUGAAGAUUCUUCAUUUUCUUCUCCAAAUCUGUCGGCAGAAGAGAAAAGGUGUGAGGACAUUUUCUGUGAAACAGUAACUCGAAAUGAAGAGGGUAGGUUCAUUGUAACAAUUCCUUUAAAGGAGCCCAUUUCUCGAUUAGGCGAAUCAAAACAACUAGCCUUAAAUAGAUUCGAGUCACUUGAGAUCAAAUUUCGAAAAAAUCCUAAAUUCUAUGAGAUGUAUAGUAAGUUUAUGGCAGAAUAUGAGAAUCUAGGUCACAUGACAAGGGUAGUAGAGUCUUCAGUAAACAAUCCAGUAUCCUACUUUCUACCUCACCAUGGUGUGUUAAAUGAGAAUAGUGCGACAACCAAGCUUCGAGUAGUGUUUGACGGUUCAGCUCCAUCUAAGUCAGGGUGGUCAUUCAAUGACUUACAGUUGGUUGGUCCAACCAUUCAAAAUGACUUGUUAGCGAUUCUACUGAGAUUCAGAAAGCAUAAAAUUGUUAUAUGUGCAGAUGUGGAGAAAAUGUAUCGUCAGGUGUUGGUCAAGCCUGAGCAACGAAAUCUACAACAAAUAUUGUGGAGAUCAAACACAUCAGAAAACAUUCAUUCGUAUACUUUAAACACGGUGACGUACGGUACCAGUUCCGCACCUUAUCUAGCAAUCCGUUGUCUAAUUCAACUAGCUAAUGAUCAUCAAAAUUCUCAUCCGGAGGUUUCAGAAGUAAUUAAAACUGAUUUCUAUGUCGACGACUUAAUAUCAGGAGCAGACACGCCUCGAGAGGCAAUCGAAUUAGGUUCUGAGAUAUCCCAUAUUCUAGGAAAGGGAUGUUUCAAAUUGCACAAAUGGAUAUCAAAUGACGAGUCAGUUCUUAAUGUUUUUCAAGGUAGUAGUCCAGUUUCUAACGUAAUGCAAUUAGGAGCCAAGGAACAAACAAAGACUUUAGGUCUGUAUUGGGUUUUCAAAUCAGAUGUUCUGAAAUAUAAUAUUCGCUCUGUGUCUGAGAGCAAGAUCCUAACAAAACGAAAAAUUCUUUCGGAUAUAUCUCGUAUCUUCGAUCCGUUGGGCCUUCUCAGUCCAUGCGUAAUUACGGCGAAAAUUCUUCUGCAGUUAUUAUGGACCUAUAAGCUGUCAUGGGAUGAUGAAUUACCUUCUGAGUUCCAUACCAAAUGGAUAAGGUUUAGAAAUCAGCUUUCCGUUUUAAAUCGGUUAGAAAUUCCUAGGCAUGUAGUAUGCACAUCACCAAUUAACAUCCAACUCCAUGGUUUUGCAGAUGCGGCUCAAAAUGCUUAUGGAGCUUGUUUGUAUGUAAGAAGCAUAGAUUCCAACGGUGUUGUAUAUACUUCAUUACUAUGUUCGAAAUCCAAGGUUGCACCGGUAAAACUAGUUACAAUUCCAAGAUUGGAACUAUGUGCCGCGUUGGUACUUAGUCAAUUAGUAAACAAGGUCAAAUCUUCUAUGAAUAUGAAUUUUGAUAAAAUUGUUCUGUGGUCCGAUUCAACAAUAACAUUGCAUUGGAUCAAAAUGAUACCCAAUCUUCUUCAAACUUUUGUUGCUAAUAGAGUGACACAGAUACAAAAUCUGACAAAAUCCUGUAUAUGGAGGCAUGUUCGAUCGGGUGACAAUCCAGCAGACUUACUAUCUCGUGGUAUAGAUCCCAACCAAUUGUGCGAUUCCAACAUAUGGUGGCAGGGACCAAAUUGGUUAUGUGAAAAUGAAACAAUCUGGCCAAAUGCUUGUCCUGAUCUUUACGAUGAUAAUGCUUUAGAAUUGAAAAAACACGUAUCAUGCGUUGUCUCACAACAAGCUGAACAUUUUCCUUUCCAUCGGUUUUCAAAUUUCAAACGUUUGCAGCGCACAUUGGCAUAUUGCUUGCGCUUUGCACAUAACUCAAGGUAUCCGGAAAGUCGAAAAAUUGGCAGUUUAUCUGCGACAGAACUAAAUGAUGCAGUAACUUGUCUAGUUAGAAUCUCACCACAAGAGACUUUCCCUAAGGAUUUUAAAAAUUUAGAAUCACAAACUUCUGUUACCCCUAAGUCAACCCUCUUACGUUUAAAUCCAUUCACAGAUAAUUUGGGAAUCCUUAGAGUGGGAGGGCGACUACAAAUGUCCAAUUUUGGUUACGAGAAAAAACAUCCUGUUUUGUUGUCUAGUAAGCAUAUAUUGACUAAACUAUUAUUUUCUCAUGAGCACAUUCGUUUACUCCAUGCUAGUCCUCAACUAUUGUUGUCUAGUAUACGAGAAAGCUACUGGCCUAUUGGUGGUAGAAAACUAGCAAAACAAAUCGUGCAUCAGUGCGUUAGAUGUUUUAGGGUAAAACCAACACAGACGGCUCCAAUAAUGGGAGUAUUACCGAGUUCUCGUGUUCAGCAGAAACCUGCUUUUCAUACUGUUGGAGUAGACUAUGCAGGUCCUAUAAUGAUUAAAGAUAAGAAAGGACGUGGAUGUAAACCAAUUAAAUCUUAUAUAUGCUUAUUCAUUUGUUUCACUACUCGAGCUAUCCACUUUGAACUAGUUUCAGACCUAACGACGGAGUCUUUUAUUGGAGCAUUUCGCAUAUUUGUAUCAAGGCGCGGGAAACCCCAUGAGGUAUACUCUGAUAAUGGCACAAACUUCGUUGGGGCAGCAUUUGAAUUAGCAAAAUUUUUACUAAUUCAAAACGAAUCUCUAACAGAGUCAUUUGCACUCGAGGGUAUCAAGUGGAAAUUUAUACCAGCUCAUAGUCCUCACUUUGGAGGUUAUUGGGAAGCGGGAGUCAAAUCUACCAAGUACCACCUUAGGAGAGUAUUGUCCAAUAGUUUGUUGACUUUCGAAGAAAUGUAUACCACUUUAACACAAAUAGAGGCUGUACUCAAUUCCAGACCUUUAACACCGAUUUCAUCAGACCCAAACGAUUAUGAUGUACUAACGCCAGCUCACUUCCUUAUUGGUCAAAGAAUUACUGCCCUUCCUGAUCCUAACCUGAAAGAGAUUCCUGAAAAUCGUUUGUCAAAAUUCCAACGUGCUCAGCAGCUGCAACAACAUUUUUGGACCCGUUGGUCGAAAGAGUACGUUUCGGAGUUGCAGCAGAGAGUAAAAUGGAAUCAACAGUCAACCCCACUUCGAAAAGGCGCCAUGGUCGUAAUUAAGGAGGACCACCUUCCACCUCUUUUUUGGCGGCUAGGUCGCAUCACCCAGUUAUUUCCUGGUCCUGACAAUGUGUCGCGAGUGGCAUUAAUAAAAACAAAAAAUGGUGAAGUGAAACGAUGUUUCUCUAAAAUAUGUGUGUUACCCGUGGAUGUCAGUGAAACGCCAUAA